CGCGCUCCCACCUGCCUUUGCCCAUAUAUGUCACAGCCCAGCGUCGCUCGCCCCUCCAAAAGCUACGUCGAGGCCGCGAGGCUGAAGCAUCCUCAGACGAUGAGCCGAGAAGAAGCCACGCGACCCGCCAAGGGCAACACUCCGCUCGGGCUUCCCGUGUGCCUCGUGCCGUGUCGGCCGACUCCUUGCACUGCCGGGAGCUGGUGCCGCACCGACCUCAGCGGAGCGAUCACGUCAGUCUGGCCGCAGGGCUUCGGGUGGUACAGUCCCAAGCCAUCUCAGAAGAGCGUCAGCGAGAUCGCGGCGAAGCUUCGCCCCUACGAGUGGACGGCAGCCCAGCCGCCGCCCGGCGCCGCGUUCGUGCAGGGCAGCGGCGUGCAAAUGAUGGACGCGAUGUAUGAGGCCACCAAGGCUGGCUCUGGGCAGGUUCCAUCAAAGCUGCGCGGCGUCUUCUGGAUGCAGGGGAAUGGCGUCGGGGAGGAGCUUGUCACUCUCCAGUUUGGUGAGUGGGAUGCCUCCCAGCGCACGCUGCUCACGCCGCUCGCGCCCUUCUCGUGGGGUUGGCCGAAUGGCAAGCCCACGGACGCGCCCUUUGGAGGCCGCAUGUACACGCCCGGGCUCAUCGAGGGUGGCGCGCGGACGCUGCUCAACGAGGCUGGUGUCACCAUCCUCACCACACCCGGGACGGCUGCGUAUCAGUUCUCGGCGGAGCCCGCCCAAGGGACUUUGUCGUCGGCGAGGUUGGAUGUCUUUGUCGGCAACUCGCGCGUCUCGAUCCUCAAUGGGUGGGGGUACGGUUUCUAUGGCAUGACGGGGACCCUGCGCGCGGCCUGGCUCUGCUGCGCGCCCUGCUGCUGGCCUCUCUCGCAGGCGUUCACGCUCGACGAGCUCGAGGACGGCAACCCUGCCCUCAACGGCGAGGCCUGGCACCGCGGCAUCAGGUGGGGGUGCUGUGGCGUGACCUGCGUGCCCUUUGGCGGGUACACCCUUCUCAAGGUGAUAGACGGCGAGGGGAGGCCGACGCGGCACCACGCCGAUUUCGUGGAGUACAUUGGGGAUGUGCCGGUCUGGACGUGGGCGGGCAACGCCACGUCGGGGUACGAGUAGCUAUUCCCGACCGGAGGGAGCUUCGUUGUACAAUUCCGAGCGGCAAGCAUUGAGGGGGACGGCGGAAGGCGGGGCCAAUUCGAGCGCGGCGGUCUGUCGACUCUCUUGCGGCGACGCGUCAGGGGGCUGCUCCGGCCGGGCGGGCGGGCGCCUGAGGCCUGAGGUGCAUGGGCGACUUCGUGGUAGGAGAGAGCAGGGCUGCGGGCUCACGUGGCGCACGCGUCGCCGCACGCGCCGAGCGUACGCUAGAGUAACGGAGGCUCAGCACACAGGCGGCUCACUGUCAGAGGGAGACGACACGGAGGCGGAGUGGCAUGAGGACUGCGGCGAGGGGUAAUUCUCUGUUUCUUUUUUGCACUACAC